AUAUGUAAAGAUUACAGAGAUAAACUCUAUUUUGGGCCUUUAAUUUUAUAUUAUUAUUUCAUUUCUUUAUUGGCUUAAGAGUCUUUUCUUUUUCUCUCUCAUUUGUCUGAGUGUUUAACACACUCCCUCUCUCUCUAGAAUUCCAUUUCAAACCUAGGUUUUCUCUUUGUUGUGCCCUUGAAUUUCAUUUAAAUAGCUUCGAUUCAAUCCAAGAUUCAUUUCUGGGUGUCUUUAGUUCUUAGUUUUCUGUAGAAAGGUGGUUUUUUGGUCAGUUGUGGAGAAAUUUUUGUGGGUCGAAAAGUGGGUGUUGUUCUGAUCUGACGUGAAAGGUACGUUUUUCUCUUCAUUUCUGAUUGUUUUUUGCCAGUUGGGUUUUUUAUUUACUUUUUGUUUUUGUUGGUUUCUUUACUAGCUGAUUGUAUUUUUAUAACUCUUCUUGAAAUGAAAUGAUUACUGUAAGUUUUUUGUGGUGUCAUUUUUUUUUUUCCUCUUUUGUUCUGGUUGGUUUAUUUAUUUUUUCUGUACUUCCUAUCUGGGUUUUGUUUUAUUGUGGUUCUGGUUAAAGCUUUGAUUUUUUGUCUAUUGGGUUUUAUCCUUCAGGUAUAUCAAAACCAUCGGCGACACGCAAAACCCUAAUUUGUCUUUUGGAUUUUUUAUGAAUGACUUUUGCUUAGAUCUAACAUGAAUUUAGCUAGUCUUCAUUGUGUUAUAACGAUUUUAUGCGAAUCUUGGAACUUUUGGUGAAGGUUUGUCUUUUUUACCUUUUCAAUUUAAGUGAAUUUGGUUAGAAAACCCUAAAUUAGCUUGAAAUUUAUUUGUUGCGUCAUAUGGUUUCAUUUUAAGGUUCAUUGAGCUUAGAAGGCAUUUGUUCGAUUGUAACGCUUGCUAAUUGAAUGAUGGGUUGAUGAAAAGAAUUAAUUUUCUGUUCAUUGAGAAUUAGGGUUUCUAGCAUUUGUUCCAUUAAAGGCUUUCACACUUAUUCACUAAAUAAAUGGAGUGUAUUAGUGUGUUAAUCAUGUCAUUACUAUUGCAAUUAAUGUAUUUGAUUAUAUCAUGACAUGACUUUGAAUUUAUAGGUGCAUAUGUACAAACACGUGUAGAUCUGUAUAUAUCUUCGAUAUGUUUGGGUUUUGAUUCGAUCAAAUUAUAUUUAUUCCUGUAUACCAAUUAUAUUUAUCUAUCUUCGAUUUGUUCGAGUUGUGAUUUGAUGUAAAUAAUAUUUAUUCGUGUAUACCAUUUUUUUUAAUCUUCGAAUUACUUAUCGUUUCUCCAACUUUCUGAUCGGAAUUUCAUUUUGUGGUGGUGAAUUGAUCAUCAUUUUAUGUAUUUUUUCUAGUUCUUCUCUUUUGUUACAUGGAGAAUAGCUCCACAUCGGUACGAACAGGAGUGAUAUCGAUAGGUCUUAAUCUUCCAAUGCCGGUGAAAGAGAAAGGAGACUGUCAGCAUUUUUGUCUACGGUUAGUCUCCAAUCUGUACUUUUGUUAUCUGAUGUAUUAAUACUUACUGAAGUUUUUGGUUUUUUCUUUUUCCUUUUCACUCCUUUGGUUGACUUAAUUAAGUGAUGUAAAAUCAAUCUUUUGUAUUAACAUGACUUAAUGCCCAUGAAAUUAUAAACGGUGCCUUAGAUUUUACCUGUUUGCUGUCUCACUUACAGUAUUAAUUCCAAGAUGUUUAUGUAUUAACUAUCUUUGGAUGAUCUUUUAAUUGGUCUAACUACUGUAAAUCAACUGAUGCAUUUGCAUUUUCCUCUUUCAAAGUUCAUUGUCUGAGAUAAUGUUAUAUUGGAUUUGGAAGUUUACUUAGCCUUCUCUUGAAGUUGGAGUCAGAGGUGGAUCCAAGAUUUAAGUUUUAUAGGUUCAAUCUUUAAGUUUCUUAACAUUAAACCCACUAUAUUCUUAAAGUUAAUGGGUUCAUACCUACUGUAUAUUUAUUGCAAUUUUAGUGUAUUUUUGCAUACAAAUAUGUGCUCUGCGUCGAAACUACUGGGUUCGGAUGAAUCCGUUGCUGCUAUGUUGUCUCCGCCACUAGCUGUAGUACUCUCUUCAUGAUACUGAUGAGGAAGUUCUCUCUUUUUUUUUUUUUUUGGCAUUGCUAUUCAUGUCCAAAUAAAAGAUAAGGGGGUUUCUUUGAAAGGAUACAAUGCCUUCUGACUCUGCUCUCCUCCAUUACAUCAGACACUGAAGUUAUCCCCUUUAUGUAUAUAUAUUGUCGAGGAGCUAGCCAAAUCGUAUUUUCUCCAUGGAUUAAGAUUCUUUAAUAUAUUUGUUGGUCAUUUUCUUUGUGACACAGUCAAUAUGUUGCUGAGACGAGAAAGAAGGAUAUUCAAAUUUGUUCACCUUUUGGAUCAAGCAGUAAGUCCGAGGAGCAACUUCCUCCUGUAGAUGUUCCCAAAUUUAAGUGUUGGCGGUGUUGCAUCCGUGAGGUUGGAGCAACUACUGCUGCGGCAUAUAUAUUGUCAAAGAUGAAAUAUGUGUCUGAAACCCGGAAUGACAAUAAUGUAGUUGGAAAUAUGACUGACAAAGCUGGUGAUGGAACUGGAUCUGAAGGUGUUAGAAUAGAGGAGAUUGGCAAUCCAGCUAUCGAGGUGAUAGUAUCUAAGCAAUGUUCAGCUCGAGAAAUAGAACCUAAGGGCCCAGUAGUACAAAGGUUGCAGUUACUGAGCCAAUUCCCUCAAAUGAUGGAAAUGACAAAGUAGUUCCUCAUGAUGGUGACAUUGAUCCAGAGAAAGAAAAAACUCUCAAAAUGGACAGAGAACUGCUUCAAACACUUCAGAUCAAAUAGAAGUACUUGAUGGUAACAAAGAAAAGUUUCUUAAUAUAAACAAUGUGAAGUUACGUGGAUCACCUUCUCUUGGAUCGAGAAAAGGAACUGAAAAACCUCCAAAAGUGCGGUUGCUGACUGACUUGUUGCAUGGAAAAGUCAGUUUGGAGACGAGUCAUGCCAAUGCAGAACGAUUGUCAGCUAAUACCAUGCCCGUGGUGCCUUCUGAGACAGAUAUGUUUGCUCAACCUAAGGAUAAGGUGUAUGUUCUUGAAAAUGUAGGCAAAGGUAUUAAGAUUUCUCAGAAGAAGAGGAAUAUGUCUCAAGAAGAUGGCUCCAAGUCAGGGAUGAACUUAGAUGGUAAGAUGGCUAAAAGAUUGAAGGCGUUAAAUCAAAAAGCUGAGAGGAGUCCCAUGGAAAUUAAAGUUACUGAUUCACGCCAGGAAAAAAUGGAUCUUAUAAAGAAUAUCUUAUAAAGAACGUCCACAGAGUGGUAGCAAACGUGUGAAGAAUAACCAUAUAAGUGAUAAGGACUUUGGAGUAAGUACAAAGAAACGUAAGCAGGCUCAAGUUGUCGGUGGAUAUUCUCUUCAAAUGCCCUUGGAAGGGAAAAACAAUACUGGUAUUGGCACUAGUGGAUACGGUGAUAAUAUUCUCUUUCAGUCGUCAUAUGCUUCCCCAAGUACUGGGAAAGUUGAACAUCGUUCAAGGAAUAACAACGAAUCAUUACAGGGAAAAGAAAGAAACUUUGGUUUGAGCUCGAACAGUAACAAGUUGCUCGAAGUUAGACAUGCCUCUUCUCAUAUGAAUGUGGUUCCAAAUAAGAAUUUGAGAAGAGACAGUUUAUCAAAAGGGAAAGAUGUUGUACAAGCACCGAUUGGUAUGGGAAUGGUGACUCCUCAGCCAGAAAAGGAGAUAUCUAUGAAAGAGAAGUUAGACCGGUCUUUAAGCAGCUUCAGGGGUGCUUAGAAACAUGUUGUUAUAGGAAUGGUGACUCGUCGGCCAGAAAAGGAGUUAUCUAUUAUAGGGAAGUUAAACCGGUCUUUAAGCAGCUUCAAGGGUGCACAGAAACAUGUUGGUAUAGGAAUGGUGACUCAUCAGCUUGAAAAGGAGUUAUCUAUUGUAGGGAAAUUAGACCAGUCAUUAAGCAGCUUCAGGGGUGCUCAGAAACAUGUUGAAAAUGAUACAAUCCAAAGCAAAAACACAACAAAUUGGCCAUUGGUUCUACAGAAGGGCAAUAAGAGUUGUGAUCUUCUUAGGUCAAAUGUGUCUGAAUCAGGCCAAUCCUUGAGGAAAGGAGUGAACUCUCUUGUACCAAAUGUGUUUGAACCAGGUCAAUCCUUGAGGAAAGGAGCGAAAUCUCUUUUUUAGACGGCCAUGUGUGUCUGAAACUGGUCAAUCUUUGAGGAAAGGAGUGAAUCCUCUUGUAAGACAGACAAAUUUGCCUGAAAAAGGUCAAACAUCGAGGAAAGGAGUGAUUUUUGACCUCAACCAGGGAAUUGCUCAAACACCACCGAUGUGGCAAGGGAUUCAGAGCUCUCCAGAUCUGCGUCAACGGGGAAAUCUUCAAAUUCAAAAGCCAAUGGUUAAAAGUACUGAGAUGGCGCAUGUUCAAGAGAUGCAGUCUAAACUAUUCGGCGCUUCAACACAAAUUCUGCAGAGACCAUCAACCGGAGUGCAAGUUUCUGCUCCUGUCCCCACCAGAUGGGGAUUGCAACAUGCAGAAGGACCAAAACCUAUAUGGUUUCCUGCUGCACAGAACAUAUCGUUUGGACAUAAUAGUCACAAAAUGGUUCAUGGACAAGCUUCUGGCUUAGUUCAGAAGGGUCGUACCAUAAGUGAUAUAAAGACAUUGGAAUCAAAUAUUCAAACAAGACAAGAAAUCCACAGUAUUGCACCAAAGGCGUGGGGGCAUCAAACUUCAAAGAGAGACCUUUCACUCCCUUCAACAACCACCCACCGAUUCACAUGGAUGGAAACCAAAGUAUCCUCUUCAAUGGAUUAUUUUUGUCACAUAAUCAUUCCUCUGGUGUUCAUAUGGGUGGUUGUGCUGCAGGUCAGAGCUCCGGACAACCUAUUCCUUACUUUAAUGAUCAAGUUUCUCUUCAACGCCAAAUACAAGAGGAUAAAAGGAAGUGUCAUGCACCUGCACGACUUGGCAGAACAAAAUUGCAGCAGUCAAGUGGCCUCCUGCGCACCACUAGAGUUCCUGAGCCAGGAGGAAUUGUUGGUGCAUCAUGUUCUAAAGUUGUUCUGUUGCAGGAUGGUAAUACUUACAAAUCAUUGAAUGCAGAGGGCUGUAGUACCCGUGUAGCUGUACUGCCUGUUAGCAGAAUUCCUAAAAAGGAUCCGCCUUGCAUUUUCAAUCAAAUUCCUGCUGACAUUGCCCACGCCGAUGAUGAAACGUACAUGAGAACUGUUGCGGAUCAAAGAGUUUGUAACAAGAGUGCGAUGAAAGAGAAAACUGGACAUGUACAUUUGGAUGGGCAGAAGCGGCAGAGGAGAAAAUAAAGAUCAAGCAGAAUGCCGGUAGGAUGUCGUGCUUCAUUGUCUUGUAUUGCAUCAUUAUUGUGAAAAUCAAUGUUGUAAUAGUUAUCUUGAUAUGAUUUGAGCAUUUUGAGCAGAAAGUUUAUGAAACAAUUCAGCUUUGACCUUCAUUUUUGAUUUUCUGGUAUACAUACUGAUUCUUUUAUUUU